CGAUCCACUUUACACACUAAUAAUAUCAAGUACGCUGCCGCUGGUGCGGUCUGUCCAGUGAGAAGUCCGAGGUCGCCUCAUAAACAUCAAACAUAGUUUCAUAUCUCCGCUUGAUUUAUGUGUCACCAAGUUCGAGUCUCAAUUCCUGUUUAAAAUAACUAGUCGAUGCGUAUACAUCUACAUUCACGGUUCCACUGAACAAUAUUGUGAUGACGGAAGUGGCAGUUGCCGAUCUAGACACGUCUUACGUCACUCAGAGCGAUGGAGUCAUCCUCGCUGCACCUGUUAUUGAAAAUGAGACAGUGCGUGUAUUUCCCUGUCCCAACACAACGUAUGGGUGUACCUUCUCGGGUGCCGAUGAGAACAUUUUGAGCGACCAUCUUGAGAACGCGUGUCAGAAACAACAAUUGCUGCUGUUCAUCGAAGAACGUGAGGAGAAUCUAAACCAGCUGAAGGCUGAGCUACGAUUUAGAGACGAAGAGUUGAUAAACCUGAAGUUGGUUCUUUUCGGAAAUGUUGAGAAGGACAGACCUCAGCAUCAAAUUGACGAAGAAAAUGCUAUCGCUGCGAAAUUGACUGCUAACAGCACUAAAUCAUCCCCGCCUACUGUGCUGUUUUUCAAAAACAUCAAAGACAAAAUUGAGGCGCACAAGAGUAAGAAAGCGGCGCAGAAGGAAGAGGAAGCGCGAAAUGCGGCUGAGAUCAUUGCAGCUCCCAUUGAUAGCAGGCAGCCGUUAAAGAACAGAACGAGUUUACUAGAUAUGAUGAAGUUGAAGUCAUCCCCUCAAAGGAAAGAUAGCAAUUCCGAUACCGUCUCGAUAAGAAGUUCGCAGGAGGAUAACUUCGUCACAUGAUUGUCGACGAGUCUACUAUACUUUAUUUAUUUUAAAUGAGUGGCUACGACACCAACCUACCGGUACAAACCGAGACACGGCGUCAAAUUGCGCGAGAGUUGUAUCCGAGCAACAUAUUCGAUGCAGAUUGGAGAACGCUCAUGGGUGUUCCAAUUGGCACUAGUUUGAGUGAGACAAAAUCGUACAGAGUGCAGCCCGUGCCAGAGCAUUGCGUAUUUCAAGCAGUAUCUCAACAGUUGAGUCCGGUUAUUGGAUUUGGGUUUCCGGAACGAUAAAUACGCGGGCUGUCAAUUAAACCACAUCUUAACUUCAGCAGCACAACAAGCCUAUGUUUUUCUUUCUGAUUAGUUUACAGGUAUACAAGUUUGAAAGAUCUGCUUUUAAUUUUAUGACAGGCCUGGAUUAUUCGUCAUGGGCUGGACUAUUCACAGAGGCUGCAGUUCGCUAUGAAUGGUAUAGGAUAAUUCAUGAGGCCAACGAUUCAAUAACGGUAAUAUUUAAGUUUAAUCGAGAGUUAAAAAUAUAUGUAUUGGAAAAGUACAUA